CAAGCCCCUUCCCAGCGAGGAGAAACCCAGGAGCCACUGGGGGACAUCGGGAGGGGGAAUUGGCUCCUCGGCAGGCUCCAAGCCCCUUCCCAGUGAGGAGAAACCCAGGAGCCACUGGGGGACGUCGGGAGGCGGAAUUGGGGCGCAGAGCUCCCGCACUGCCUGGGACACUGCGGGCGAGAGGAGGGGGCUCUCCUCCAACAGCUGGUGGAGACGGGAGAGCGAGGUGACCCCCAGCACGCAGUGGGGCUCCUCGGCGGCCCCAGGCAGGUUCAGCAGCCUGUUCAGGAGAGGGAAGGAGGACCUGGCUGCCAGCGUUGGGAAGGAGGCAGAGCGGGAUGCGGGCAGCCGGGCUGGGGGGCUGAUCCGGCGCUUCCCGUGGCGGGCAGCCGGCGAUGGGGGGCACGGAGUGACCGCACGGACAGCCCUGCUGCGCUCAGCGCCCCGGCCCCAGCCCGAGGGAAAGGGGAAAGGCCUGGAGUAUUACCUGUCCCAGUUCCUCUGCUUCGCCAGCUUGGUGCUGCUGCUGAUUUUUCUGGGCAUCCUCGUGGUGAAGAUGGCUGGGUCAGGCUGGCUGGACGGGAGAGAGGAGAGGUUUAAUCUCUUGCCUGUGGAUUGUGACAAAAGAACGGAUGAUUUCUGCCAGGCCAAGCACAACGACGUGGUGAUGGCCAUGCUGCACGAGCUCUACAAUUACCUGUCCGUGCAGGCAGGUAAUUUUGAAUGUGGAAACCCUGAGAACCUAAAAAGCAAAUGCAUUUGGGUUAGUGAGGUGAAGGAUCACGUGCUGAAUGUAACUGGCAGCUCCUCACAGAAGUUUGAAGCUGCCCUGCACUGGAUCCUGAACAGCAACAAGGAUUUGGGAAUUUGGUUGAAAGGCAGGGACCUGUCAGAGCCUGUUUCCAGCGUGGAGGAAGUGUUCUGCCUGGAAUCUGCUCGUCCCCAGAUGGGGCUGGGCUGCCGCUUCCGCCGGGCCGUGGUCACGGCCAUCAUGAACCUGUUCCUGUUCUUCUGGUGUCUGAUAACCCUUUGGGGCAUCCUGCUCUACCUCCGCUAUCGCUGGCGCAAGAUGGAGGAGGAGGAACAAGCCAUGUAUGAGAUGGUGAAGAAGAUCAUAGCUGUUGUCCAGGACCACUACAAGGAGUGGGAGCGGAAUUUGGAGCGUUACCCCUACGUCGGCAUCUUCCACGUGCGGGACAGCCUGAUCCCUCCUCAGAGCAGAAAGAAGAUGAAGCGGGUGUGGGAGAGAGCCGUGGAUUUCCUGGCCUCCAACGAGUCCCGGAUCCAGACAGAGUCACACAGGGUGGCAGGGGAGGACAUGCUGGUGUGGAGAUGGACUCAGCCCUCGUACCUGUCGGAUUCUGAGCACUGAGGGCAGCAGGAGGAGCAGCAGCAGGGCGGGACAUGGACCCUGUGCAGGCCUCAGGGCCCUCGCUGGUGGUGGGAGGAGCAGGGCCUGGCCCAGGCUCUGUUUGCUCUCACUGCUGGAACUCUCCAAACAAACACGUUCAGGGCAAUACUGGCUUGGAAAGAAGAUGGGAUUGAGCUGGUGGGAAGCUGGGAUUGCACCAAAGUGAGCCUUCCACAGAGACCUGGCUCCCAUGGCAGGCAAACAACAACCUACAAAGAAUAACUGCACUCCCCUCUCGAGGGCUGGGGGUGCAAAAUUUGACCUCAAUUCUGCAAAGGCCAACUGGUGGCAGAGUCCAUCAGGGAAUGUGCUGAAAGAGAACAUUUCCCAUGGAAACAUUAGGGUGGCAGUUGCAGGCAUGUCUUUGUUUGCGUUUGUUUUUAUCAGUGCAGAGACAAUGAGGAAGCACUUGCUGCUUCCCAGCAAGGAAAUUGUUUUGUGUUGGCUUCAUCCAUCCAAAAUUGGGAGAAGGGGAAUUGGGUGAAAUGGGCCUGGAGAGAGGGGGGAGCCUGACGUGCCUUGGUGGUUUGGGCUGGGCUGGGGGUGGUGGAGGAGAGUUUGUGACCCUGUUACACUUUUAAGUCUGCAGUCUGUGUGCUUUUUUAUUUUUUGGGGGUGUGGGGUGGGAAUUUGGGUGGAAAAUAAAGGAUAUAGGGAGCUUCUAAAGGCGCUUUCCUGUGGCUGCAGCCCAGGAGUGCUCCGUGGCUGUUCCAGAGCAGCUUUGGGAGGCUCUGAGGGCUCAGGGCUCACGUUUGAGCUGGGCAGCUGCAGUGUCUGUGUUUGUGUCAGAGCAGGGAGGUGCCAGCUCUGGGAUUGUCGCUGUCCCUGCAGCCCCCUGUGGGUCCCAGGAGCAGCCUGGCUCUGUCCCAGCCCUGCUGCAUCGUAGCUCGUGUCUGUAAUCACUUGGUUACUUCAGCUUCUCUUUCUGUCCACUGAAGGAACGUUUGUUUCCCAGGCAAUGGCACCAGAGUGUGGCAGUUCAGGCUGGGCAGAGGAGCUGCUGCUCUGCUCUUCCAGGGCUCUGCAGCAGCUCCUGAGGCUGCAGGACCCAAAUCUUUGCUGGCCUCAGGCAGGAGGAGGUGCAGAGUGAAGCCAGCGGGGAUUUGAGCCCUGUGGCCCCUGGGGGUUGCUCUCUUGAGGACAUCCUGGGGCUGGAUGCUCAGAUUGCUCCUGUCCCGGGCUCUGGGCUGGCUGAGGGCACAGCCCUGGGCAGGUGGUGCCACUCCAGGUGUGUUCCUUGUGCCUGCUCAGCUGGCACAGCCUGCACCUCUCCCCACGUGGGUGGAGCUGAGCUCUCCAGGAGCAAAACCAGAUCUUUCCCAUUAAAUGGGGAAUAUCCUGCAUGGAGGGGGCUCUUACCCCUCAUUUUUGGCUGUGGGUGUUUGGGCAGGAGACUCAACAGCUCUCCUAGGCAAGGACCAGCCCCUUGCACUGCAAUAAAUUGGGAAUAAAAGUAACUUUGAUUGUUCCCACAUGCAUAAAGAUCACUGCUGCCAGAGAAAUUCUCUCAAACACCGGUGCCUCUGUUCUUAAACCUUUUUAAACUCUUGGUGGGGUUUGGGGGAGCUUUUUUAACCGUCCAGAAGCGCAGAGUCAGGCAUUGCUGUCAUCCUUUUUGUAUUAAACCUGGUUUUGUAGAACAAACUUCAAUGGCUUGGUGCUGUUUCUAUGUUCCAUUUAGCUCUGUAAAAAAUCAAUAUCAAAAAUAAAUUUAUUACCAAUCA